CAAGUCAUAUUGUUCACACAAGGGGGUGUUUGGAGUUUCUGAGCUGGCAGUUCAGUCAGUCUGCUCUGAGCUGGAGAGGAAGAGCGUGAACACAAGGCCGGGCUCACCUCUACUCACCUGGAGGCAACACAAGGAUCCAACAUGGCAAACAAAGGACCUUCCUACGGUCUGAGCCGCGAGGUUCAGAGUAAGAUCGAUAAGAAGUACGACCCGGAGUUGGAGGAGCGACUGGUGGCGUGGAUCGUAGCUCAGUGUGGCCCAGGAGUGGGCCAUCCUCAGCCGGACAAGAUUGGCUUCCAGACAUGGCUCAAGGAUGGAUGUGUGCUCUGUGAGCUCAUCAACAGCCUGCAUGGAGCCAACAAACCCAUCAAGACCAUCAAAACCUCCACCAUGGCCUUCAAACAAAUGGAGCAAAUCUCCAUGUUCCUCAAAGCUGCUGAAAGUUACGGAGUCAUCAAAACGGACAUGUUCCAGACCGUAGACCUGUUUGAGGGCAAAGACCUGGCUGCCGUCCAGAGGACUCUGCUGUCCCUGGGUAGUCUGGCUGUCACAAAGAAUGAUGGGCAAUACAAAGGAGAUCCCAACUGGUUCCCUAAAAAGUCUCAGGAGAACCGGAGGGAGUUCUCGGAAGAUCAGCUGAACGAAGGCAGGAACGUCAUCGGUCUGCAGAUGGGCACGAAUAGAGGAGCGUCCCAGGCCGGCAUGACUGGUUACGGCCGGCCGAGGCAGAUCAUCAACAACCCCUGAGCUGGACUCAACCGGCCUCAAAAGCGCCUUCUCGUGCCGUCAGACGGGAGGGAGAAACUCUGACUCUCACCUCGUCUGCGAGGGAGAAAAGUGACCCGAAUGACUGUUUAAUCAAGACAAAACUGGAUCAAACUGGGGACCAAAAAGUACAUGUGGAAAAGACUGCAUGUCACGCACACACACAACCCCUUACGUUUGUAUCUCAUGGAGCUGCGACUGCUUGGAGACACAAAUGGUGCACGUUUUUUAAAUUAAAUUUGACCACUUGUUAGCACAAAACUGCAAAUAAAUGGAGACAUUCCUGCAACUGAUGGGCUUGAUUUUGUCUUUAUUUAAUCUUGUUGUAAUUUGAUCACCGUUUAAUUUUUCAUCAGUUUAAGAAAAUAUAAACUAAAACCCUUCAGAGGUUGUUGCAUAUUUUACACUUUUUUUUUAAUCCACAAAAACUAAACAGAUCUGCUUCCAGACUCCCACGACAACUUUAGAAUAUUUUGAUAGAAUUUGUCACAGCAUGUUUUUUUUUUUCUUUGAACAU